GAAAAACGUCUGCUUCACUUUCAGGCUAAUGACACCAGGAAAAACACUCUCGCCGAUCCCUCCAAUCCGUUUUUCCAGUGCAACGAGGCCUGCAACAUAAUCUCCUCGUCUACCUGCCAAUUCGCAAGUUCGGGCCAUAAAAACCAGGCACUUCCCAAUGCCCAAACUAGUCAUCAUUCGCGACACACUCGAUACAGACCGAAAGGCAAUCACGCGAUCUUCAACAUGGAUUAUAUCAUCUUCGCUCUCUUGGCUUCCACCUGUUUCUUGGAUCUUGCUAAGACAGCCAGUGUUCAGUUGGAGAACUACGACAUGGAUUUGGAUAAUGGGGAUAUAGCAAACACCACCGAUUUGGAGUUCAAUGAGGGAGUAUCUUCGCUGGAAAGACCUCUUUCGUGGUUAAGAAGCGCCAGUGGAAUCUUCGGCAGUCCCGCUGGCCAUGUGGUCAUCCAGGUGGCCAAGGAGCUGCUGCAUCGCUCAGCUGGAAACAGUCAAGUUUUAAGUUUGAACCUAACCAAUCUGCUGAUCAUCAUACUGCUUAAAGUGCUGAUCUUCUCAGCUGGAAUGCUGGGUGCAGGACACUGGAGUGGCUAUGGCUAUGGUCAUGGUCGCUCUGAUGGACGUAGUGAUAACUCCUUUGGUUUGGGCUUAGCUUCUGGAGAUGACUAUCUGAUAACUGGAUUUCUGGCUGCCCAGGGAGCCGGCAGGGAUGAGUGCCUCUAUGCAGCAUCCUGUGCCUGUCCCACAGCAGCCUAUGAAUACGCAAAGGCAGGAAGAGCUCUUCUGGGCGCCAUUGAAGUCUUUCAAGGAGUACCGCUGGAGAAACCGCGCUACAACGACCUAAUAGUUCUCAUGGAGCGUGCCGCAUACGAUGGCUUCCGAGGAGUUGCCUGCAACACCACCCAGACUUGCGACGGACUGCUCUGAA